AUGUCCGAAAGCAGCUCUACAGCCAAGCAAAAAGCCCCGAAGCACACUGCGAUCUGGAAAAAGGACCGCAGCGAGCUGAUAUUCUACCCUAAACCUGCUUACACGAAUGUGCAACUCAAGCAGAUGCUCAAGGAUCGCGGGUUGAAAACGAGUGGUAACAAGGCACUGCCGCCGGAGAUACGAAAUAUUAUCUACACCAUGGUUGCCGGGCAGAAGGGCUACACUACACAGAGCAAUAUCAAGCGCCGAUGGGUCAAAGCACAUGGCUCGACUCCUACGACCCAACAGCUUUUCAAGAUGCUCAACACUGCCAAUAUAAUGCAACCUUCCAUCUUUCGCCUCUGCACACAAACCCGCCGAGAAGGACUGCCGAUUUUUCUACGGGAUCACGAGUUCAAUAUUGCUUUACACGGCUUACACAAGACAGAAUGGCUGGGGUUUGGACCGUACCUCUCGCGCCAGCCGUUUGACGGUAGCUGGGGUGGAUAUCCUACCACCAUAUCAGCCCACUUACCUGUAGACCUUACUACUCGCCUCAUCACUCAAAUCUCAAAUUUCAUCGCCAACGUGCCGAAGGACACUCAAAUGACCUUCCAGCUCACAGGAAUACGGGCUCUUACGAAAUUGUGGGAUAAGUACCUCAAAGGCCGCUGUCAGGUGGGUGGCAGAACAAUGAAGCUUCGAAUGGUCUUCGAAGGCGACGGCGGAUUUUUCGUGGAGGACGUGACUCCCUUGCCUUCCGACGUCGAAAGUAUUGCUUUGCGCUCAGAUAUGCUAACCAAUGUGCUUAUUUUUCCGCCCAAUAUUUCAUGA